CUUGGCUUCGAAUUCAGCUCCCUCUUCUUCUUCUUUAUUCACUUUCUUUCCCCUUUUUCUUUUAUUUCAUUAUAAAUAAAUCUGAUCCGAUACAUAUAUGGUUCCUUCUUCUUUAUGUGCAAGAACAACACAUGGUUUAAAGCUUCGAAUCUCUCCCUUUGCUUCGUCAUAUAUCUAAAUCACCCCACUCAAGAUUUCAAAUUCCCUAUAUCUUUGUUUUUAUAAAUUCUUUCUAAUUUUAUUGUCACAUAUAAUUGAAGCCUAAUAAAUCACACCACACUGUCUUACUCUGUUUUUGUUUCUUCUCUACUCUGUUUUUUUUUUUUCCCUUCAACAUUGAAGAUAAACUUAUCUUUUCUCUCUCAAAGACUGAAACUUUAUCAAAAUGGUCUCAUCGUCUUCAUCAUUGUUAUCUCCAUCUUCAUAUACAGAGUUAAAAGAUGCUUGGCAUCCAUCAACAACAGCGAACACAACAGAAUCAAGCUACUGGUUUAAUUGGAGGGUUAUGAUCUGCUGCAUAUGGAUGGCUAUAGCGACUGUGAUCACAGCUUUUCUUAUAUUCAAAUACGAAGGUUUUCGUCGGAAACGAAGUGACGUUGGUGAAGUUGACGGAGGAGAGAAAGAGUGGUCGGGAAAUGUAUAUGAAGACGAGACAUGGAGGCCUUGUCUUCGUAAUAUUCAUCCAGCUUGGCUUCUUGCUUUCCGAGUUGUUGCCUUCUUCGUUCUUCUUGUUAUGUUGAUUGUUAUCGGCCUUGUUGAUGGACCUACCAUCUUCUUCUACUACACACAGUGGACUUUUGGUCUGAUCACUCUCUAUUUCGGAUUAGGCUCGCUUCUUUCUUUGCACGGAUGUUACCAAUACAACAAAAGAGCAGCUGGCGAUAGAGUAGAUAGCAUUGAAGCCAUAGACUCAGAGAGAGCAAGAUCCAAAGGAGCUGAUAAUACUAUUCAACAGAGUCAAUACUCUAGUAAUCCAGCUGGUUUUUGGGGAUAUGUUUUCCAGAUUAUCUUUCAGAUGAAUGCAGGUGCAGUUUUGCUUACUGACUGUGUCUUCUGGUUCAUCAUUGUUCCUUUCCUUGAGAUCCAUGAUUAUAGCCUCAAUGUUCUGGUGAUCAACAUGCACUCUCUUAAUGCGAUUUUCUUGCUUGGUGAUGCUGCAUUGAAUUCUCUGAGCUUUCCAUGCUUCAGAAUUGCUUACUUCUUCUUCUGGACUAUAGCUUAUGUUAUAUUCCAAUGGGCCCUCCACUCCUUAGUCCAUAUAUGGUGGCCUUACCCAUUCUUGGACUUAUCAUCACACUAUGCUCCACUAUGGUAACUUCAAAGUUUUAUAGCAUUUCUCAGCAUCUCCUUUGUUUUAUUGGAAAUUUAGGCUGAUGACAUUGAAAUGAUGUGAAAUUUGUUACAGGUACUUCUCAGUGGCAGUGAUGCAUUUGCCAUGCUAUGGAGCCUUUGCCUUAUUGGUGAAGCUAAAACAUCGGCUUCUACAGAGAUGGUUUCCUGAGUCGUACCAGAGUCCUCGGUAGUAGCUUGCAAAGCAAGCGACCACGUUUGAUUGGAAGUUUUUCUUAAGUAGAAAGAACGAUUUUUGAAUGAUAGAGAAUGAAAAAAAAGAGUGGAGCAACCAAACUCAUCAUGCUUAUAAAUAUAAUUAAUUCUUUGCAGUAUUUAUUUAGCUUUUUGUUUACGAACGUGAAUAAAAGGAAAAAUGUGGAUCGAAAUUGAACAUUAAUACAUUAUCAUCAGAACAGAGUUUGAAAACGCCUUUGUAUAAAACCAGCACUAGUUUUAUUUGGGCUUAAAAGUGGCCUAAGAC